AACGAAUACAGUUGUCAGCUCAGUCUAAUAGAGUUGUCAACUUCUUACAAAGAUGAAGAUCUUUCUGGGUUUUCUUGCUUUGAUAAGCUGCUUUGUCCAUCAUGCGGCAUCACGAGGACAUGGACGAGAAGUGGAUAAUGUGAAAAUAAAUCCUCUCAAUGCUAGAAAUCCACUGCUAUUGGGGUCAUCAGCAGGCCUAACUGUUCUUGAUAAACUGCAAAAUAUUCGGAACAAGUUAGAGGAAAUCGAAAAAAAGAAUACCGACCUUCCUGUUGUCAGUCCAUUUAGAAGUCCUGAAAGUCAGUUUGAAUCGAUAAAUUCCUUCAUCGAUGAUUUGCCUGUGACCAGUGAUAACAAAGAACAGGCAAAUGCAUUUGAAAUUCAACCAUUCUCACUGUUGGAAAAAAUUCCUGAGAUGCCCUCUUCCUUAAAUGGCUACUUCAUGAUGCUUCGUCUAAAACAAAAUGUUUCAAACUCAGUUCCUACAAAAAGCCAGUCUAGAUUUCUCGGUAAUGAGCAGCAACAUUUCAUCCAGCAAAUUAAUGCACAGAAACCAGAAUCAGCAGUCAGUCAGCAACAACCAUUUGCAAUUCAAAGGCAGGCAACAAGCCAACAACAAUCUCUCAAUAACCAACAAAUGCAUUUUAGUAGAUUCAAUAUCCAAGACCAAUCAUCCAAUCAUGGCAAUCUUCUCAGUGGACAACAAAAUAUAGCGAACCAACAACAACUGGUAAAUAGUCAAGGAUAUCAUCUCAGUGGUUUGCAGAGAUCAAUCAAUCAACAACAAUUUGUUCAUGAUCAAAGAUCACCAGUCAGUUCCCAGCAAUUUGCCAGAAAUGAAGGAAGCAUAUUAAAUGGUCACCAGAAUCUGAUCAGACCUGUUUUCAACGAAAAAAUAUCAAUUAACCAUCAGUUUCCUGCAAGAAAUCUUCAACAAGCCAAUCAGCAACAACCAACUAUUAACACCCAACAAGCACCUGGUCAGCAAGGAAUCUUAAGCAUCAGCCAUCAGACAUCACUCAACCAAUAUAUCAGGCCACGAGAAAUAAUUCCUGAAAGAAUUGCAAGUAACUUGCCAACCACUGAAAAUCCAACAAAGGCAAUUGAUAAUUUUGCAUAUCCUUCAGGUCAACAAAUCCAAGCCUUUACUAAUGAACUUCUGGCAAAAAUUCAAAGCCAGGCUUUGAAUAGAGAAUCUCAACCAAUCUUUACUGAUGAUGCCAAUAGUAAGACACAAUCAAGAAUCAUUUCAGAUGGUGCAGUCAGUCAUCAGGCAUCUUUAUUGGCAGAUUUGGAAAGGUCUCCUGUGACACCUGCAGUUACUACAACUAGUGGUAGCCAAAUUGUGCAUGAAACUCGAGUGUCCACUGGCGCAUCCGUGAAGCAGCAUUUGAAAACACCUUAUGCCAACUAUGAUUUCAGUCACUUGUUGUAAAAAAAAAUACCUUUAAAGGAUCGGAUGAGGUCAAUCUUUUGUUUGGGAUUAUAAAUCUUUUGAAUAGCAGCUUGUCGCGACAGUGAUUUAGUCAUUAAAUUUAAGACUUAAUUUUGGGAAAACUGGUACGAAAUAAAAUUUUUAAGUAAUGCUCUACUCAUUUUAGAGGAGCAAAAAGGGAAGGCAUUGCUUAACAGCUAAUUAAUUAAUUAUUUUUAAGAAGCUUAUUUUUAUUAUCCUUUCCUUAUAUUAUAAAUAUUUGGAACAUUUGUUUCUUUAUAAAAUUUUUAUUUCAUUUCAAAAAAAUGACUAUGAAAUUCUUUUCUACUGAAUCUUUUUUUUGUUGUUUAUUUGUUUAUUAAGUCUUUGAUUAUAAAAAAAAUUGCAAUGAAAGUGUCAUCAAUUUUAUUUUAAAUCUUUUGAAAAAAAUAUUUAAAAUAUGAUUAAUAUUUUCAUAUUCCUUAUUUCCCUUACAGCAAUUGUAAAAAAAUAUAUAUAUUAAUUCCUUUUUAAAAAAAAAGAAACGAAACAUCAUUAUUUUCCUUCAAAUUUUGACUUGAAUGUUUUAUUAAGGUUUCACGAUUUCUCAAAGGAUUUUUAACAACUGUAUAAAAUUCUAUUUUUAUCAUUUGGGUAUGAUUAAGUUGAUUACUACUCUGAAAAUAAUUUUGCCAGCCAAUAAAAACGCUCUAUUUGUAAAAAUCACCGCCAUAUUGUUGUUUAGUUAUGGGUCCUGUUAGAAAUUUUUAUAGGUGUUUUUAUAAUACUUAUUUCUUCUUUGUUAUUAUUUGUCUUUUGUCGCAUUUUCAUAAAUAAA